AUGGAUGGAAUUCAGGUUGAUGUCAACCGUUUGAAGAAGGGGGAGGUCAAUUUGGGUACUUCUAUUAUGGCGGUAACUUAUAAAGAUGGUGUGAUAUUAGGUGCAGAUUCGCGUACUACUACAGGUACUUAUAUUGCGAAUCGUGUGACUGAUAAAUUAACGCGUGUGCACGAUAAAAUUUGGUGUUGUAGGUCUGGUUCAGCUGCAGAUACUCAAGCGGUUGCUGACAUUGUUCAACAUCAUCUGGAUUUAUAUGCUGCUCAGUAUGGUGAGCCAUCCGUAAAUACUGCGGCAUCGCUGUUCAGCACUAUCUGUUAUGAAAAUAAGGAUUUUUUAACUGCAGGGAUUAUAGUUGCUGGUUAUGACGACAAGAAUAAGGGUGAGGUAUACACUAUACCGUUAGGUGGAUCAGUUCAUAAAGCUCCAUAUGCUAUUGCAGGUUCGGGCUCGACUUUUAUUUAUGGUUACUGUGAUAAAAACUUUAAAGAAAAUAUGAGCAAAGAGGAAACUAUAAGAUUUAUGAAGCAUUCUCUAUCGCAGGCUAUUAAGUGGGAUGGUUCAUCUGGGGGUGUUAUUAGGAUGGUUGUUCUGACUAAGGAGGGUGUGGAGCGGCUGAUCUUUUACCCAGAAGAUUAUGAGAGUUUGUAG